CGCUGACUUCCUGCAGUUUCUGUGAAGGCAGCACAAAGAAGCAGACUGCUCUUGGCCAGCGGAGUGAAAGCAAUGGAUUCCAAGCUUCAGCGUGUGGCACUAAGUGAUGGUCGCUUCAUUCCUGCACUGGGACUUGGCACUUAUGCACCUGAUGCGGUUCCUAAGAGUGAGGCUGGCGAUGCCACGAAAAUAGCUAUAGAUAUUGGAUACAGGCAUGUUGAUACUGCUUGUGCUUAUGGAAAUGAAAAGGAAGUAGGUCAGGCCAUCCGAAGCAAGAUUGCAGAAGGCGCUGUGAAGAGAGAAGACAUAUUCUUAACUUCAAAGCUUUGGUGCACUUUCUUUCGACCAGAGCUGGUUCGAAAAGGUUUGGAAGAGUCACUGAAAAGACUUCAACUGGACUAUGUUGAUCUGUACCUUAUGCAUUACCCUUUUGGUAUGAAGCCUGGGGAGGAAAUAUUCCCUGCUGAUGAAAAAGGAAAAGUAAUAGUUGAGUCUGUGGAUAUCUGUGCCACUUGGGAGGUCUUGGAAAAGUGCAAGGAUGCAGGACUAGUCAAGUCUAUUGGCGUAUCUAACUUCAACCGCAGGCAGUUGGAGAUGAUUCUGAACAAGCCAGGCCUUAAGUACAAGCCUGUUUGCAACCAGGUGGAAUGUCACCCCUAUCUCAACCAGAGAAAACUGCUGGAUUUCUGCAAGUCCAAAGACAUUGUUCUUGUUGCUUAUUGUGCUCUGGGAUCAAGUCGAGAUCCAAAAUGGGUGGAGCAGAGCGCCCCAGUUCUCUUGGAAGAACCAGUGCUUUGUUCCUUGGCUAAAAAGCACAAACGAAGUCCAGCCCUGAUUGCCCUCCGCUACCAACUGCAACGUGGAGUUGUGGUCCUGGCCAAGAGCUUCAUUGAGAAAGAGCUCAAGGAGAAUAUUCAGGUAUUUGACUUUCAGUUGUCUUCAGAAGACAUGAAAGCUCUAGAAGGCUUGGACAAAAACUUCCGAUAUGCUGCUGCUGAUUUCGGCAUCGGACAUCCAGAUUAUCCAUUUGCUGAUGAAUAUUAAUGCCGAGGCUGUUUUCACGGUUUCUACUACAAGUUCCUGCAAGUGCACCAUAGUACAAUGAACAUCUCAUGUGCUGCUGACAGAGCAUCAAUUUUUGCUUAAUCAAUC